AUGGAUAUGCUGCGUUACUGCGGCCGGGGCUCGCGAGUCUUAUUCCGUGCAGCUUCGAAUGCUCUCGGAAGUAACAAGCACCACACCAGACACAUCCUCAUCAUGCAACAGCCUACGAUCAAUUUCAAGCCAAAGUACACUCAGCCAAUCACCCUAGAUGCUCUACUGGAGUUAGAUCCUGGUUUCAUUACAGCCGAGAUAUCAAGACUGGAGAAUUCUAUCAAUCACUUGACUCGGUCAAAUUCGGAUUUGCUAAUGGCCGAGAAGGAGGAAGACGAUGCAGCAGAGCGUAAGGUUUUUGUACUGGCCCGAGAAGAGAACGAAGAUGUGAUUGAAAGUCAGAGGGAACGAAUCACGAUGAUGAAGCUUGCUCUCAAUCAAAUGCUCGGUAUCGACUCCGACAAUCCACAUUACGCAAAAGAUAAGGCAAGGGGAGAAGGGGGGGAUGAUAGGACUAUACCUCGAGCUGACCCUGUUAGACGGGAGCCCACCAGUUCGGAUGAGGAUGUGGGAGUAUUUGUGUAG